AUGGAGGAUGAGUCGGGCGCCAUCUCCCAGCUGGGUUCCCUCGCCCUGGGCAACCUGCUGCAGGAGAUCGGCAUCGACUCCGAGGCAGGUAUGGAUCGUCUAGGUCUCGCCCCCAAGCAGCCAUCCUCUUCCGCCGCUUCAGCUCUGGGCAAGGACCAGAUCUACAACGAGAAGUACGAGGACGAUGAUGAUGAUGAUCUCAUGCGCAUGGGAAAGGAGGAUGAAGAGGAGGUAAGAAGUCGGCAAGAGGCACAGAGGGCUCUCCAAGAUCGCUACGUCCAGAGGGGUCUGGCCUCGAUGGGCGGAUCCCGUGCUACUGUCCGGGGCGAGACGGAUGACUUUGAUGACGAGGAGGAGGGAUCUGACGACGAAGACGAGCGGCCAUACGCACCUCGUCCAUUGUCGCCGGACGUUCCAAGCUAUCCUCACCAGACUACACACAUCAAGGCAGAGCCGGUAGAGGACGAUAUCUCUCUCUUCGCUCCUCCUACACUUUCCAUGCCAGGACCUUCAUCGCCUCAUCGCCGGCGGCAAUCUUCCACAUCAUCACGAGAGUCUUCGCCGCUCUCACUACGUCUGCCGACUCCUCCGCCUCGGAGGGACGUCAAGGAGUAUUGGCCUACCUUCAGCCCUACGAAAGUCCUGGAUUUCACCGAUUUCUUUGCGGCUCCCAGACGUAAGAAGAGGAGGGUGGCUCAGAGCAAGCCUGUCAAGCUACGACCUACAGAGGGGCGCCCAACACCGCCCAUUUCGACUCAAGAGCUGGCUUUACAGCCUCUCACGACGGCAGCCAGUGAUGAGAUAAGGUACAUCAAUGAGAUCGCUGGAGAUCUCAUCGAGCAGGAGGAGAUCGAAGCGAGGUUGCGGGCUGCCGAUAUGGAUGAGCGUUCGCAGCCGAAGGUUCGGCUACCGCCAUCAGCUCUGGAGCUGCCAGAGCUUGACGAUUGGGAGUCCCGGAUCAUGACCGACGAGUUCUUCCAACCGCCAAUACUUCCAUCUGUGGAGCAUCCGGUCAAUCGGUCUCUGAAUCGCGAUGACUGGACGGAUGCUAUCAUUUGGUCAAGCGAGGACGCCCGCGAUCCUCGUAAGAUUGAGCUCAAUACAAGACUGAUACUAGACUUCAACGACGAUGAGAUGAUGAUCGAGGAGGUCACGCCAGAGAACGACAAGCAGCGGAUGGCUUCCUCGCUGCUUGCCUCGUCGGCGCCUAUGCUGUCCCGGCGAGCAGCAGAGAAUGCUCUCCAUCUCGACCCGCUCAACAUGAGCAAUGAUGGCUUUUAUGAGCUGUCGAGAGAGCAGCGUCAGCGCAUCCAGAGACAGACUCUCGGCGGGCUUGUCGUUCAGCAUACAAAGGUCGCCAGGAAGCUUCAGCUUCCCUUCUACAAGACUCGUCUCACCAAGGUCGAAGCUCGCUCCUUCCAUCGUCCGGCUCUGCAGUUCCCUAUCAACAUUCCACUGUCUUUCUCUCGUGUGGAGAAGGCGGGCGGUGCCACGAAUGGCAGCCGCAAGAAGGACAAGAAGCGUAGCAAAGACGUUGAUGAAGUCAUACGCAAUACACGAGAGCUGACUUUGAAGGAGCAGGAGGAGCAUCCGCCCGUGUUGAGCAAGGUCGGGAUGGGCAGUAUUCUGGUCAAUUACUACCGCAAAAAGGACGUCAAGGACGAACAUAUACCCAAGGCUGAUCUAGGUGAGCCUUUCAUUCUCGAACCGAACGACGAGUCGCCAUUCCUCAAAUUUGGCUCAGUGGAGCCUGGACAGGUUCAGCCUACGUUGUACAACAAUCUCGUCCGCGCUCCGCUCUUCCGUCACCAGCCCGCCACGACGGACUUCUUACUCGUCAGAUCGACUACCAAGAAUCACGUUCGAUACUAUCUGAGAGACAUCAAGAACCUCUUUGUGGUCGGACAGAACUAUCCGCUAGCGAUGAUUCCGGGUCCGCACGCCCGUCUCGUCACCAAUGCCAUUCGCAACCGCCUCGUCAUGGUGGCACGGCGCCUCAUCGAGCAGAGCAAAGGAAGCAGGAUCAAGAUCCAUCGCAUCAUGAAGUACUUCCCGGACCAGAGUGAGCUGCAGAUGAGGCAAAGGCUGAAGGAGUUCAUGGAGUAUGCUCGCAAGGCAGGUGACCCCAAUCAGGGCUUCUGGAGGCUGCGUCAGGGAGUGUCCCUUCCGACGGAUCUGGAAUUCGAGAAGCUGAUCCCGCCUGAGCAUAUCUGUCUCAGUGAAGCGAUGCAAGCUGGGCAGAGACAGCUCCUCGAUGCUGGCUACACCCGCGCUGCCGAGGGCAUGGACGACGACGACGAUCCUACGGGCGGCAAAAGCGGAGAAGGUGGCCUUGACACAGAGCAACUACUUGCUCCCUGGAUCACAAGUAAGAAUUUCCUCAUGGCCACUCAAGGCAAGGCGAUGCUCCGACUGCAUGGUGAAGGUGACCCUACUGGCAGAGGAGAAGGCUUCAGCUUCGUGCGUGUCAGUAUGAAGGACGUCUUCUACAAGGCGGGCGACGAUACAGAUGAGGCUCGACUGGCCGUACAGCUAGAAGAGGAGAAGCGCUCUGGUCACAAGUACAAUGUCGCUCGUCAGCAGCAGAUUUACCGAGAGGAGAUCGAGAGAAUCUGGAAUGCUCAGAAGACGGCCCUCUCCAACCCGGUGCCGCCAGAAUUGACCUACGAAGAAGCAAAUCCUGCUCCUACGCCAGAGCCUGAAGAGGAGGAAGCGGACGAGGAAGAUGCCGAGGAGGGCAGGACGGACAAGAAGAAGCACGUCGAGGAGGGCAAAGUCCUCCGUAUCAAGCGUCAAGUCAAUGGUCGUUGGCAGACUGAGAUCGUGAGGGACCACAAGGUGAUCCAGUCGUACAUUGCCUCUCGCCAGCGCAUCGCCGACGAAGAGACGACGACGGAGUCCCUCGUGCCUACAGGAGAUGCGGCUUUGGAUGCUUCGCGCAGGAAGAGGCUCGAGGAGGAAAUUGCUUCUCGCAAGCGCAACCAGGAGAGGCGUCUUGCACGACAUCACGCCAAGGCCGUUGCAGAGGGGAAGGCUCUGCCUGGAGCCUACAAGAAGCUCAUGGCGGACAAGCCCACCACUUCACGCAAGUGCGGACGAUGUGGACAGGUGGGUCAUAUGAAUUCCAACCGCUCUUGUCCCCUCUAUGGACAGGUGCCGGGGUCAGGAAGUACAGGCGUUGGGUCUGCCGGUGCAGGGAUGCCGACGACGGCAGGAGGGGGCCCACUGGGGAUCCGACCUGCGUUGGGCUCGCACGACUCGGGAACAUUCAACCCAGCUGCUGCGGGUGGAGCUGGGGGCAGUAUACCCUCGACUCCCGGUGGGGCUGGGGGGAAGCUCAAAGUCAAGCUGAAGAGGCGAGACGACUGA